AUGAUUAAAUCUAAAUAUUGGUAUUGGAUAUUAAUUUCGGUUUUCCUGAUUACUCAGGUGGUUUUGGGUAAAGAUGAAAAGUUUGAUAGAUUAGCAGUUUCCUAUGUUACAGGAAUAGAUGAGACUUUUUAUCCAUUUAUUCCUCAGUUAUUCCUGAUGAUGGGGAGACAAAAAGUUAUCACAAAUUUCUUUAAUUCUUUUGAAAACAUUAUUCAGAAGUUACCAGGCACAGCAAAUUUAUGGAUGUUUGAAAAUAUUAAAGAGGAAGUAAAUCAGUUGAGAGAUUGGAUGGAAGCAAAAACAUUAAACUUAGGAGACAAAUAUAAUAUAGGGUUAAUUGGUGAAAAUAGGUUUGAAAGUUUUCAGGAUUUUCAGAAAGAUCUUGUCGAAUAUUAUACAGAAUUCGGGCUAGAAAAGGCUUUUAAGAUUCAUAACGAAAUUGAGAUAAUAGGGAAAAAGAUUAUGAAUUAUCAAUUUAGAAAUGAUACAAAGAUAUUAGAUGAAGUUGAAAACAGGUGGAACCACCUACUGAAUGGAUUAGAUUUGAGUAAAAACAAUGGAAACAAGACAAGCUAUGAAUUGAGAAGAAAAAUUAACCAAACAAUAAUGAAUCACUUUGUAAUAGUAGACACUCCUAAGAAAAUGGAGUUUAAUAUGGAUAGUUAUAAUUCGGAUUUCUCAAACAAGUUUUGGGACGGACACUUAAAUAAUUAUAAACUAGUAACUCUUUUUCAUGAAUAUAGUAUUCAACAGUUAAACAUGAUAUACAAACAGAAAUUGAUCUGGCUGAGAAUUCAUUUGACAAUAAAAAUAAUAGAUUUAGACGGUUUCUUGAAUAAGGUAUAUAAAUUAGCAAGUAAUACAAUGGUACACUCAAUUUCACUAACUUCUCUACAAUAUUUGUACCAGAUUAAAGAUAGAAUUGACUUUUUUCUUUUAAAUGAAUCGUAUCUGGACCAGCUCUUGGAAAUAUAUGAUAAUUUAUCAAUAGCAAUAAAUAGGUGGAUGAGAGAAACUUUAAUUUUGGACGAUCUGCAAUACUUAUAUACUCACUUAAUGAUUGAGGGUUUGGAUAUUCGAACUUUAGCCACUAAUUUAUUUGACAGGAUAAAACAUUACGGAGAGAUAGAGUUGAUUGUAGACAAGAAUAUUUAUAGGAAAAGGAGUAAAGUGGCUAGGAAGAAGAGUGGAUUUUUGAGUUACUUUUCAACAGGGUAUGACAUUUCAAAGAAGCUGGAAAAUAAUAUGUCAUCUUUGAAAGACAAACAUGAAGCAGAGGAAGUAGAAAAGUUGAAAGAAAUUGAGAAAAUUGUAAAAGAGGAAUCGAAAGAUAGUCAAGUAUUUAAACAUAUGAUUGAGUUGAGGGUAAAUUCUGAACUUGAAGAAGAGGUUUUAAAAAAUUAUAACUUAUAUGAAGACCACAUUGAAUUUUAUCUUUCUUUGGAUAGGGUAGAGUCUAGGUAUAGAAAAUUUGUGAGACAGUCAACUGUAUUUCUGAGUGAACUCGAAAGUACAAGCAUGGAUUGUCAGACUUUGUAUUUUUCAGCAUCUCAGGCUGGAAACAUGAUUUACGAGAUUGUAGCUAAUGAAAUUUUAAAAACUUCAAACCGUUCAGGAAAAGUUAAUAUGAACUCAAGUAAGAAUAUGAAAAGUCUGAUUAAAGAUUUAGAGUCAGUUAAGGAAUCAAUAGAUACUAUCAAGGAGACUGAAGAGGAUAGUGAUGCUACCGAUAUUCUUGGUGAAUCAAUUUCUGAUGAAGAUUUUAUAUACGUUCCAGGAACUGUCGGAAAUUUUAAGAAGUCUCAGAGCACUAGUGGUUAUUUGAUAAUUAGGAUUUCAGUGAUUGUUGGUCUACUAGUACUAGCAAUAAUAUUGUACAUUUAUAAAGAAAAAAUCUUGGUGAAAAAGGUUAACUCAGAGGAAAAUAAAAUCUACGAAAGGUAUUGUUCAAGAGUAUCUUUGGAUGAGGUUGAGUUCAAUUCUUCGUUAAGUAGUGAAAAUAAAAAAAAGAUGAAGAGAAAUAAAUAUUAUAAGGUUGAUAGCAAAUCUGGAAAUAUUAUUUUAAAACAACAAAAAUAA